CAUGGCUGCGGACUCGGAGGUGCUGCACUUCCAGUUCGAGCAGCAGGGGGAUGCCGUGCUGCAGAAGAUGAACCUCCUGCGGCAGCAGAACCUCUUCUGCGACGUCUCCAUUUACAUCAACGACACCGAGUUCCAGGGGCACAAGGUGAUCUUCGCCGCCUGCUCCACCUUCAUGAGGGAUCAGUUCCUGCUCAAUCAGUCCAGGCAGGUGCGGAUCACCAUCCUGCAGAGCGCCGAGGUGGGCAGAAAGCUGCUGCUGUCCUGUUACACGGGGGCUCUGGAAGUCAAAAAGAAGGAGCUGCUGAAAUACCUCACCGCCGCGAGUUACCUCCAGAUGGUUCACAUCGUGGAGAAGUGUACCGAAGCUUUGUCGAAAUACUUGGAAAUCGAUGCUUCCAUGGAGAACGGUAAUCAGGCUGCAGAGAGGUGUCAUUCCUCAGAUGCAGAGCUCAGAAACGGGGAUGACGUUUUGGAUAAAGAUUGUGAAAUAAUUGAGAUCUCUGAAGACAGCCCGGUGAACAUCGAAUACCCUGUGAAGCAGGAGAAGGGGGACGUCUCACGGCCUGCGGUGCAGAGCUUGGUCUCAGAAAGAAAGGACACAAAAACCCCAGAAAUAUCAACAGUUGAAAUCGGCUAUAAGGACGAUGAAAUCUGUGUCUUCAGAAUGGAUUCUAUGAGCGUAGCGAAUGUAGAAAAUGACCAUUUUCCUCAGCCUUGCACGUCCUCUAAAACAAACCUGUAUUUUCCAGAAACCCAGCACUCCUUGAUAAAUUCUACAGUUGAAAGCAGAAAUACAGAAAUGCCAGGAAAUCACUUCCAGGCAUUUGUCAAUGACAAUCCAGAAGGAACUUCGAGCCUGAUGAAUGGGUUCCAGAGCCUGGAGGAUUCUGGCAAUUCAUGGCGGCACCAAUGUCCAAAGUGUCCGAGGGGAUUUCUGCAUCUUGAGAACUAUCUCAGACAUCUAAAAAUGCACAAACUCUUCUUGUGUUUGCAGUGUGGCAAAACAUUUACGCAAAAGAAGAAUCUCAACAGGCACAUUCGGGGGCACAUGGGCAUCCGCCCCUUCCAGUGCAUGGUGUGCUUGAAGACCUUCACUGCCAAAAGUACCCUCCAGGAUCACCUGAACAUACACAGUGGUGACAGGCCCUACAAGUGUCAUUGUUGCGACAUGGACUUUAAACACAAGUCUGCUCUGAAAAAGCAUUUAACUUCUGUUCAUGGAAGGAGCAGCAGCGAAAAACCAAACCUGAACACUGUUACAAAAGUUAAAAUCGACUAUGAUUAACAGAGGGGUGGAUGUGGAGCCAGGCUCCACAAAAAACUCCUGCCUAGUGAAAUUCUAGAUUAAUUUCUCGAUACAGAUCCCCCACGUAAUGGAGAGAAGCACAAAUAUGUGACUGGUGAUCAAAGGCAGGCCUUGCGAGCAGCAAGCUUGCCUGCUGUAAUAAGGUUGCUGUUGCUGUAAGUGUGAAAAAGGUGUUUACUAGUUGAAAGUAAACUGCAAAAUACGGGAAAUGAUUUCAUGCUUCUAUUAUCCUGGACGCAUUCUGAUUUCCCCCCCCCCGCUUAUGUUUUGCACUCCCUUGCUUCAAGGGCAGGCACUGCCGGUUUUCAAACUAUUACUGAUACUGCAAUAAGCUGGAGCCUGAGCCGUGAUGUUCCUGAUCUGUAACAGCUAAGGAAAGGGGAUGUUUGUAUUUAUUCCGCAAAUCAGUCAUUCCCACACGGUUCACGUACCAUUUAUGGUGAAACCAUCUCCUUACUUGCCCAAAUUUUGCUAGCUUUCAACAGAAAGAAGGCAUGUUUUCAUACACAAGUCUGUGAUAUUUAAGAAAGAACGCACAACAAACAAAAAAUAACCAAGGAAGCCUUCAAAUUGCCUCUUGCAAAUGGAGAAUUGGUAAAAGAGAAACAAAGAGUAUUGCCCUGCAGUUCAUUUUUAACUGGAUAGUUAGAAGGACUUGCAUUCAGUUUUAUAAAUGAGGUCUGAAUUUUUCUAAACUUUCUUCUGAUUGUUUUUUUUUUCUGUUGUACCAGUGUUUUGCACCUGUAUUUGACUAAUUCUGGUUAAGUUAGUCCCGUUUGUUGAGUUGUAACAGUUGCCUUCAUUUUUUACAAAUCUUAGAUACAUACACUAAUGUGAAAAAUUAAGCUGUGUGCUGUUAGAUAGUAGCAGUUUCAACAUUAAUUUUGAAAAACAAUCCUUUAUCUCUUAUUAGGAACGGCUUAGACAUAGAGGUCUUCUCAUACUCUAAUCCUGUGAUACAGUAAAACAGUAACUAUGUGUGUUUGGAUAGGUGUGUUUGUACUUUGUCAAAGGUCAUUUUGGUUUCAUCGAAAGCCCUGUAACGCAGAAUCUUUAUCCUGUACCCAUCUUUGACUGGUAUAUGUUUCUUCCACUUAAUGUGAUACGAAUAAAGAGUCAUUGUUAAUAUGA